ACUCACUCUUCUACGUCAUAACCCAGCUUUAAAAAUGAUUGGUGUACACUAAUUUUCAGUCAAAAACAAUGCACUCUUAUUACUCGUCCAACACGGAUUCAUCAAAUGAACGCACCAUUCAAAUCUGACGUCAUUUUUUUUCGAGGGCAACUCGGGAACGAAUUAUCGCAUUAUGGCAGACGCUUUGGCAGGAAUUUAGCUUUGAGCCGAGAAUACUUGUUUUUCGACGAGCGGAUUCUCAAGGUUACCGCUCGAUAGCAUCGCGGCAACAAACGAUGGCGUAUCCACAGCAGGCGCCAUCGUACCCACAGGCACCGUCAUACCCACAGGCGCCAUCGUACCCACAGGCGCCAACAUCGUAUCCGCAGGGAGCCUACGAACCCCCGCCUCCCUACAACCCUGGCGCUACAGGGGAAGGAUUUCAGCAGACCGGGGGUUGGGCGCCUCCGGUGCCACAGCAACACCAGGGGGCAGCAGUGUUCAACCCUUCCGCACAGGGUUACGUGAAGCAGGGAUCGACGUACUACCCGGCCGGCCAGCAGCAGGGCGUGGUGCCCCCCGCGGGGUACUAUCCGGUGCCCGGCGGCCAGCAGGCGCCCGGGUUCUACAGCCAGGGACAGGGACCCAACCCGGCCGGGUACUACGCCGGACAGCCGGUGCCCAGCGGUGGCGCCGCCCAGGGGUACUAUGGUGCCGCCGGCGGCUACCCUGCAGGCAACACUGUGGUGGUCCGAGAACAGCCCCAAAGCUCGAACCGCGUCGACGACCUCGCCAAGUGCUGCCUCGGCACCUGUUGCCUCACAUGGUUCUGCUGCUGGCUCACCGACUGAAUGUCGACGUCGGGCCAAUGCCGGCCCAUUCAGUUGCCAUACCACGGCCGACGUUCGCCAACAGUGCCGUCCGCACGCACUCGCUUGUGGCAUGCUCGAAGUAUUAGCCAAAUUGUGCCCACCUCCCCUCGUUAUUUCCUGUAUUAUAGCCGCAUUGUUGCUCUUUUACACUUGAAAAUAUGUUGCCGUUAUUUUUUUUUGUAGAGUACAGGACAUUAGGAACUAGAAUGUGCAAACAUGAUUUGUCGCUCGCAUCUUGCACAUAUUUUGGCAGUAUGUGUAAUUUGUGCAUGGAACCAUUAUGAAGAAAACUUUCUGAGACAGGACAGUGGUUCCCCCAGUCACCACCAGGUAGUGCUACCAUGCUACCAGCAAGCAAGGCAAAUUCGUUGGCACACCAUAUGAGGUGCAAAAAAAGAAGCAUGUCUUGCACAUACCAUACUUUUGCAGCCUGUCUAAUGUGUGCAUGCAAGCGUUACGGAGGCACGACUUUCUCAGAGGGGCCAGUGGAUCCCCCCCAUCACCACCAGGUAGCACUACUGUACCACCAAGUGGGGCAGACUCACCAACACAUAAGGCAGUACAAAGAAGCAAGACAAACGGAUUAGCACGUUCCAGUUUCUAGUGCCCGUUACCUUUUUAUGCGUUUGUCAUAGAGACUAAGUAUUAUAUACCUCUCUGAACAGCCAAGACACUAUUUUUUGGGGUUGUACGGCGUAUCAUUUAGAGCUAUAUUUCAUUCCUUAUUGGUGCGAAACCUAAGAACGAAAGCUCAUAUAUUUUAGACGUGAAAUAUCUUUGGAGGGACCACCUUCCAAAAAUGUUGGCUCGUGCUCGCGGUUUUUGCGCCGGUAGAUUGUGUGAAUAAGCAAUGAACAGGAAUGAAGUUUUUAUUGGGUUAUUUCAGAUUUUUGGUGUACGGUUAGACCAGAACGUUACCAUUCCCUUUUGUUCACUUGCCUACCUUUUCCCGAACACGUGCCGAUCCAGUUUGAGCAAGCACAUUCCCUAGUCUGAAAUGCCCCAGGACAAUUUUGAACCUCCAAGGUAUUUUUCAAGAGAUCAAAAUCUGCACGAAUGUACGACGGUUAUGUAUAAAAAGUUUCCCGGCCGUACUUGUUACUAUGCCACAGCGUUGAACAAGCAUCUUGCUACAGAACUAUCACCUCACGGAAGAACGAAAAUAAAACCUGUUUCACAUUCUAAGCAUCA